AUGCGUCAUGCUGAUUUCGAAUUCGAUAUGCGCCCACAAAUUAACAAGAGGAAGGCAAUAUAUAAAGCCGCGGCGUUAUUGAUUCCGUUGCAUUGCGGCACUAUGUCUAUACGUCAUUAUCUCUUGCAUGAGAGACCAGCUUUUUGUUUCCGAUUCAUUCUCGUGGGAGAGAGGACGCUGCGAAUGCCCUGCCAAGUAGUAUUGAACUCCUACACUCCCACCUCCCGGACUUGGACUGCUCUACCGAAAUUUGUUCUCUGCAUGACAAAACAAAGCGCGUACUUACUACGACUAGUACAGCAACUACCCUCCUUGUGCUACACAAAAAAAGGUGAGGUCGAGUGUAGAAUGAAUCAAUGUGAAUGGAGAGGAUUUUGUUUCGUUGUGAUAUCCUGCCUCACUGUACUGUACCAUCGUCGCGUGUCAUAUGGAACUCGAAGACGUUACUUUGACGAUUAUUGCAUGACUUUGUGAUUCAAAUUCAAGCUGCUUCGUAUGAAAGGUUUUCCAUGCACUAGGACUAGAUAGCACUGGAAUCGUUCUUGUUUCCACAUCGGUAAUCCAAGGCGCACAAGCUCCCCGCCCCCUUGGCCUUGAUUCACUUGUUCUAUUGUUGCGUCACAAAAAAUUCAUGUAAACAGCAGUCAAUGCAACGUUUGAGAAUUCUAUACUUCAGCCCCACGGAGCCCGGCUCUUCCUGGCGGGCGCCAAAAACUUCGCGUGGUCUACACUCCUCGCAGCGGCUAUGGAUGUGUCAGGUUUGAAAUCGUCCAAGUUGAAAUAGUUUGUCAUGCAUAAAGCGGAUACCAGUUAGACCUACAGUUUGUAGUCGGUGCAUGACAAAUCUUCCCGGUCCUGGAGGCGAGUCUGUCAUGCGGUUUAGGGCAAGAGAGCUGCCUUUUGUUAUGCUAGUUAGCAGUCCAACUUUUGACCCUUACCAGGACUAUAAUCUACCUCCCGUGGGUCCUCUGCAAUAGAGUCACUUUUUGUGUCGCAUUUUAUGCAUUAAACUGUGACGAUUUCAAACCUGACGCUUCCAUAGCGGCGCUGGGCGCCAUCGUGUUGGCCUGGAAAUUCGAUACGCACAUUGGCCUCUACUACACCUGCGUGGCUUCGUAUCUGCUGUAAAGAAAAACUGAAGAGCGACUUUGGGAUGUUGCCGUUCCUGCAGGAUCAGCAGUGUGACCCUGUUUGCUCACGCAUGACAAAGAAAAUCCGGUGCCAUGCUGCGAGUGCUGUGCCCGAGCUCUGUAGAUGAAGCGAGUAACUACUUAUCCAUUUUUCUGCUCGGCUGGAAAUUGCGCACUGCAUUGGCGCAUUUUUCUAGCAGGGAACGAGAAAAAAGGAUAAAAAGUAAAUUCAUUAAAUUUCGUUUGCGUCCUCUCCUGCGGUCUUACGCACAGGCGCUUUUCGUAGUUCUCAGUCGCGAAACAGUUUUUUGCAGCGAUACCCCGGUGCUGUCUCUCCUGUCGCUCGCACAUUUCGUCGACCUGCACUUGCUGCACAGGGGCCAAUAUCAAAUGUAAAAAUGUCUGGGUCUGGAAGAAUACAAACUUGUGAUGCGCAUUUCAAGACACAGAAAAAUCUCUCAUGCAUAGUUAGCAAAAGCUGCCCAAUUUCUGCCACCAUAAUGGGAGAUUUGUCAUGCAAAUUCGGCAUUGCGAAAGUUUCUCGAAACCUGUGAUGCUAGAGCUCCCAUGCCAGACCUUCUGUGUCAUGCAAAAACAGCAUGACUCUUCCAGACCCAGACAUUUUUACAUUUGAUAGACAGCAUUUAGUCGCUUCCGUAUCCACCACCGCCUGGCGUGCCGAUAUUCUCGCGGUUGUCCUGUCCAAUGGGCUUGGAGCAGUGAUUAUGACCAUCAUGCGUCACUUAUCCUGGGUAAAAACGUACCGACCCUCCAGCCCGAUUUUGUCGCGCAUUCAAAUCUGGCAUAGAUGAACUGCCAUGCGGAUAAGUAGUACUUUGACUUUCUCUCGCCGCUAUUCAUGAGAAGUCUUUUCUUGUGGUCCUUAGGCGGAACACGAACAAGAUGUCAAUGUCAUGCUACCAUCGAAAUAAGGAUAAGCAAGUGGAUGAAUUGAUGAUGGCUACAACGUCAAAGCCUGUGUCAUGGCUGACUCGCAAAGCCGAUUGAUCUGUGUAGCUGAGUUCCGAACUUUAUUCAUUUAGUAAUGGGUAUGGGCGGGCGCGUUUGUCCUCACAAUAUCGCGAUCACUACCGAAAUGUGCGGCAGUUUUUCCUCGAUCACUACGCCCUGCCGGACGAGUAUGGAAGGGUCAGGUUCGAAGUCAAGAAUGCUGAAAUAAUCUUCUGUCACGUCGCAUAAAACCGGCACCAUAAAGUCCAUUCGAACCCCCAAUUUCUAAGUAGCGCAUGACAAAUUUUGGCAGCAAAGAAUGGAACGCUGCGUUAUUUGUCAUGCUCCGCAGCUCUAUUUUUAUCGGUAAACAGGCACACAGUUAUCGGCAUCACGUGACAUCCCUGGUGCAAGAUAGGCACUUCCACAUUUUAUGCCCGAAAACUUGCGGAAAGGUGCCCCAUGGAUUGCGUCGUGGUUUCGUUCGUUUUAGCUUUGCAAGUUGUUUCAACUUUGUCGAUUUCAAAGCUGACACUUCCAUAAAGGGGCGGAAGAACUGGCGAACAACGACCGCGGCGCAACCGACUGAGAGCACUGCUUUACCACACGACAGCACUGCUUUACUACACGACUAUACUCGACUAGAUCCAUGAGGCCGAGCAGCAGAAGCGAGGUGCAGUUCAGCACAUGAACGUCGGACGAAGCUGUCGAAGCACUGAGUGCAGCACGUGCUGAGUCCAGCACACCGUAAACCGCAGUCGAAUAGGCUUUUUUACAUGGGGAAUUCUACUGCUUGCCGAUGAAAAUUAAUAUUGUUCAUCCGUGUAUAGCAGUCUAUAUCGCGGAGGUUAUUUUUUGAUGCCAGUAGCACAUCCACAACUGAAAGGAGCUUCGCAAGAUGUGAAAAUAAAGACGUUCCUUUCGAAGAAAUUGAGAUUGUCGUGAUGGAUUCAACGCCAGUUCUUGGCCUUCUUUAGAAGAGUUGUCCUCUGAAAGGCUAUGCCGGCUGGACUUAUUCGAGCACCUCUGAUCACUUGGUCAGCAUCAGCUUCAGCAACUGCAAUCAAAGCGUUCGUGUCAUACGCACGAAAGUGUUUUCGUCACUCGUCCUCGUGGUGACUUAUUUCUGUGAUCAGCUUGCGAUGUAAACGUACAGGAUGUCAAUCAUGUCUGUGAGUUCCUGUAAUCCCGCGUUGUGUACCUUCAUCAAAAUAAAAGUGUUGAUCUCAGAAAAA